AUGGCUGGGAAGACUGAUGAAUCCAAGAUCAGCAGGUAUGCAGGCAGGCUGCUGGCCCAAGUCAAAAGAAUAGGAGGUCAGAUGCUGAUGAGCCGAAAGCUGGAUCCAGGACAGAACAAAUGCCAGCUAGCUUUGGCGGAAAGUCCACAGAUGAAUCAGCAACAAAUUCUACCAGUAGAUAAUCUAACUGAACUGAUGGAAUUUGUUCUCUUGGGCUUUGUUGCUAUGCCCCAUUUCCAGUGGUUUCUUUUUGGAUUAUUUUUAAUCAUCUAUACCAUCAUCCUGAUGAGCAAUGGCACCAUAUUUCUAAUAACAAAAAUGGAUUCUGCUCUCCAGAGCCCUAUGUAUUUUUUCCUGGCAAAUUUUUCCUUUUUGGAAAUCUGCUAUGUAUCAACUACUCUCCCCAGAAUGCUGAUGAAUCUUGGGAACCAGAGAAGAACAAUCUCCUUAGGUGCCUGUGCUGCACAGAUGUGCUUUGUCCUUAUAUUUGGAAGCACAGAGUGUUUACUCCUGGCAUUGAUGGCCUAUGACCGCCACGUGACCAUUUGCAACCCUCUGCACUAUCCUCUAGUCAUGAACCACAGGGUCUGUAUACAGCUGGUAACUGGCUCCUGGACCACUGGAAUUCAAGUCAUGAUUGUGCAGACGUAUCAGAUUUUCUCUCUGCCUUUUUGUGGAUCUAACCAAAUCAACCACUUCUUCUGUGACAUUUUCCCAAUACUCAAGUUGGCUUGUGGGGACACUUUUGUAAAUGAGAUGUUGGUCUACACAGUUGCUAUGUUAUUUGUCAUGGUUCCAUUUCUGUUAAUACUUGGCUCCUACAGUAAAAUCAUCUCCAACAUCCUGAAGUUGCCUUCAGCCACAAGUCGAGCCAAAGUUUCUCUACCUGCUCAUCUCAUCUUAUGGUUGUGGUGUUAUUCUUUGGAUCAGCCAUUAUUACAUAUUUAA